CAGCCGCAGGAGAGCGGAAGAGCGAGAGCCGCCUCCCUCCCAUUCCCUGCAGCUGAUGGUCAGGAAGGGAGCAGAAGGGCAGCGUUAAAGUGCACCAGAGAGAGAGAGACCCAGGCAGAAGCCUCUUCCCGGGAUCCUGCUGGACUCGAACCCAACAUGGAUUUGGAGAACACAAUGAGGAAGAUGGGCUUGGGACAUGAGGAAGGAUUUGGAGCCCCGUGUUUGAAAUGUAAGGACAAGUGUGAAGGAUUUGAGCUGCAUUAUUGGAGAAAAAUCUGCCGAAACUGCAAGUGUGGGCAAGAAGAGCAUGACGUUCCCACCAGUAGUGAGGAUGACCGUAAAGUGGGGAAGCUCUUUGAGGAUACCAAAUACACAACACUUAUUGCGAAACUGAAAUCGGAUGGGAUCCCUAUGUACAAGCGCAAUGUGAUGAUAUUGACUAAUCCUGUGGCGGCCAAGAAAAAUGUGUCUAUCAACACUGUCACUUAUGAAUGGGCCCCUCCAGUUCAGAAUCAGACUCUGGCGAGACACUAUAUGCAGAUGCUUCCGAAGGAGAAGCAGCCCGUGGCAGGCUCCGAGGGGGCUCAGUACAGGAAGAAGCAGUUGGCAAAGCAGCUGCCCGCUCAUGACCAGGAUCCAUCCAAAUGCCACGAGCUGACUCCUAAUGAAGUGAAGCAGAUGGAGCAGUUUGUGAAGAAGUACAAGAACGAGGCACUCGGAGUGGGAGAUGUUAAGCUCCCGAGCGAAGUGGAAGGGAAGCCUGGGGAGAAGAAAGUCCCAGCGAAUGGAGAGAAGGGCACUCCGGCCACUGUCGGAGCCAUGGAAGGCAAGCUGCCUGGACAGAAAGCAUCCCAAUAUUCCUGUUUCAGGUGCAAAUUGAACAUGAAAGAGGGUGAUCCAGCCGUCUAUGCGGAGCGUGCCGGAUAUGACAAGCUCUGGCACCCCGCUUGCUUUGUCUGCUGUACCUGCAAUGAGCUUCUGGUAGACAUGAUCUAUUUCUGGAAGAAUGGCAAGCUGUACUGUGGCCGGCACUAUUGCGACAGCGAGAAACCUCGCUGUGCUGGAUGUGACGAGCUUAUAUUCAGCAAUGAGUAUACCCAGGCAGAAGGUCAAAGCUGGCAUCUGAAACAUUUCUGCUGUUUUGAUUGCGACUGUAUCUUGGCUGGAGAGAUCUACGUCAUGGUCAAGGAGAAGCCUAUUUGCAAACCAUGCUAUGUGAAGAACCAUGCUGUGAUCUGCCAAGGUUGCCACAAUGCAAUUGACCCAGAAGUGCAGCGUGUGACUUACAACAACUUCAACUGGCACGCGACCACGGAGUGCUUUCUGUGUUCCUGUUGUAGCAAGUGUCUCAUUGGCCAGAAGUUUAUGCCAGUCAAAGGAAUGGUUUUCUGCUCGGUGGAAUGUAAGAAAAAAAUGGUGUCCUAAUGGGAAGGAAAUCCAAACCCAAGCCACAUUUCACCAUAUUUUCAAGUCCUCUGCAUUUCUACUGUACUGGGACAUUUUUAAUCAAAAAUCAAAAAUACUACUAGGCAAUUUCCAAAGAUUUUGACAUUACUCAUCUGAUGGCUUGUGAUUAAAACCUUAAGCACUUCUGUAUUCUUACUCCUUUUGAUUACUUGUUCCAAAACUUUGAUAAGAUGUAGGGAUCCUGGUAUUUGUUAUACUAAUUAUUAUACAGUAGUCCUUUUAUGCUUACAAUGUUUUAUAAACAAUCUUAGUAAAAAUAAAAUGUUCUGUAUUGUAUUCAUUAUUAAAUUAGGGGUGAAGAGUUUAUGGACCUUCAGGUAUUGGAUUCCAAUGCCCAUCAUCCCUGGUAUCUGGCCAUGUUGGCCGGGACUUUUGGGAUUUGUAUUCCAAAAGUACUCAAAGGGCAGAGGUUCCUCUACCUUGCCUUAAAUGAGGGCAAAAUAUGCUCAUAGCUGACCCACUAUAGGGCAUUCAUGUUGUGUUAUGUAUAAAUGGAACACUUUACAUCCUCUGCAAACCAACUGAGCAUAUCAGGGAAAUACUAAAACAGCACCUUCCUUGUGACGUGCUAGUUUUGUAAAUGCAGAGAUUUUUAAAGUGUCAAUUUACAAUUGAAUGACUUUUGUUGAAGUUGCAUAGUCCAUGAGCUGCUGCCAGUGUCCAGGAGCCUUCAAAUAUAUUUAGAUUAUUUCUUGAAAGGCUUCCCAACACUCAGCCUUCUAGAAGAAUGUUCUAAAACACAAGUCCAAUCUUUAAUGUUUGCUAAGCGGGGAGACCAUGCUUUUUCCAUAGGUUUGAAUUGAAUACAUUUGUUUAAAAGAUUGUGGAAUACAAUUGAAUACUUGUUACAUUAAAGAUAAUCUUCCUUUUUUUUU